AGCUUGACGAAGGAAAAUUGAAUUAUUCGGCGACCCAUUCGGGGCUUCGACCCCAAAUUAUUCAGCUUAAAAUACAAAUUUAAUGUUUAUAGGGUUUUUUUGUAAAUAAAUCUGAAACGUUCAGGGAAUUCGCAGGUUCACUCCGCAAACGGAUUACGAUGUUGUCUCGUUAUUUUUCCCGGUCGAAGAAAAUUUAACAGAAUAUUCGCGAUUUAUUGUGUCUCCAGAAGGAAAAAUUGUUCGACAUUCGACAAUUUUUGCGCGGCUCGUGAAUUAUUUCGUUCUGUUCCGCAAAUUUCCCAAUCGUUGCAGAAAACUUGAGGAACGAUUACGGAAUUUGUUCAGUGCAUUGUGUAAAUAUUUACCUGAAUUUUCUGAGAAAAAUUAUGACAUCGUCACUUGCGUUUUCCUACUCAUUGAAAGAAUCGCGAAUUGAAUUCGAGUGGAUGAGAAGGAGCAUGUGGACGCCUGGGAGGAUAAUUGUGCCAUUGGUGGCGGUGGUGUGCUGGCUGGACGCCUCCAGAGGUGUCGGGGCUGCAUCAGCUCACAUCCACACGCAUCAGCACAGCAAGACUAAGAGCAGUGAGAGGGCUCAGGAUGGAGCUUUCAGCCCCAGGGACAGUGAUCAUUACGUCGAUGGAGAGCAUCAUGGGGAGUUUGAUCACGAGGCUAUUCUUGGAAGUGUCAAGGAAGCCGAGGAAUUCCACCACUUACCCAUUGAGGAAUCAAAAAAGAGGCUUAAGAUACUUCUGGAUAAAAUGGACAUGGAUAAGGACGGCUUCAUCGAGAGGAAUGAGUUGAAGGCUUGGAUCCUCCGAUCAUUCAGUAUGUUAUCAGCAGAGGAAUCGAGAGAUCGUCUGGAGGAUGCGGAUGCCAACGACGAUGGCAAAAUUAGUUGGCAGGAGAUCCUUCACGACACCUACGGUUCAGACCCAGAGGAUCUAGCUGUCGACGAGAAACUCGUGAGUGACGACAAGGCAACUUUUGAAGCUGCUGACUUGGAUAAAGACGGUUUUCUGCAUCCUGAAGAGUUCAAGGCUUACACCCACCCAGAGGAGACCCCCAGGAUGUUUCCUCUGCUGCUACAGCAGUCACUGGCUGAGAAGGACACUGAUGAGGAUGGAUCCAUCAGUUUUCAGGAGUUCCUCGGCUCCAGGGCCAGAAAUGAGGACAAGGAGUGGCUGCUGGUGGAGAAAGAGAAGUUCGAUCAUGAAUAUGAUAAGAAUGGAGAUGGGAAACUUGAUUCUGGGGAGAUAUUGGCCUGGCUCGUCCCUAGCAAUGGGGACUUAGCGACUGACGAAGUGGAUCAUCUCUUUGCAGCCUCUGACGACGAUCACGACGAUCGUCUGUCCUAUGAAGAAGUUCUGGAGCAUCACGACGUCUUCGUGGGGAGUGAAGCAACAGACUAUGGGGAUUACCUUCAAGACAUCGAGCGUUUCACUGACGAACUUUAAAAUUUAUUGAGAAGAUCGUUGAUGCAGAAAUUUAAGAGCCGUCGACGUGCCGGUCGGCAUCGACAUUGCCUCAAGGCAUUACUCAUAUUCGUCGACGGCUGCCUCCUCACCUUCGUUUAUAAUGUUAUUUUAUUCCUUUACGUCUCCAGGUAACCGACACCGAAAGACAUCAUUUUAAGAAUUUUUCAAGUCAAUUGGUACUGAUGAAUCAGUAUGAUGAUACAGUUGUCACAAGUUAUUGUAGGACUAUUUUAAUGAUCAAGUUUCGAAAUUAAGACGUUUGCAUACUCGUCAAUUUGUAUUGUCUUCCACUGGAUGAUUUAGUGGUGAUGAAGUGGCAAAAGAUAACUGAAUGUAAAAACUUGAUUUUUACGCUUUUGUAACAAGUUGAUUCCUUCGUUAAUUUAGAGAAAAAUGUCAUCAAGAACUCUUGUGUAGAAUUUCAUCAGCUACAGCAAAUUUCUUUACAUAUUUUUCCCUACAUUCACUCGUUCGGAAGAUAAUUAAUUAACAAGAAUGGAAUUAAUGAAUGGCGGUUUUGCCACUCUCAGACCUACAUUACGUGCCAUUUUUAUUGUUUAAAUAAGUACGCGAUUACCUAGAAAUUAUUGAGUGUGAAAAUUAUAAAAUAAGGUUUACAAUUCUCAUAAGUUAAAUAUUUAUUUAAUUAAGAUAGUUUAAUUAUAAUUAAUGGUGCGAUCUAGCCUAAGACCUGACCUGACUUAGUCAGCCUAGAAUAUGAAUCUUUUGCACUAAAUAAUAAUUGUCAAUGUGAUAAGAAAACUUUGGAUUAAAAAAAAUAAACUCCUUGAAAAAUGGCGGGAACGACUAGGGAA